UCGUACUGUGAAUUGCCUCGAAUCUCGUCAAUUUGGCGCUCGAGGGCCUGUUUUGGAUAUAAAUAAGACGAAAUGGUCAAAUUAACAUUUUGAAACCUUUAAUCUACCCAUUAAAGGCAUCGUUCCAGACGGCGGGAGGAAUUUGUAGUGUCGUUACAGUAGAUCUCAGUAUUAUCGAAGCAGAAGGGAUUUAAUUGCUCUGAGUAUCAUGAGUGAGCUGGAGCAGUUGCGGCAGGAGGCGGAGCAGCUGCGCAAUCAGAUCAGAGAUGCCAGGAAAGCAUGCAGCGACUCCAGCCUGUCCCAGAUUACAGCAGGUCUGGAUUCAGUGGGAAGGAUCCAGAUGAGGACGAGGCGAACCCUUCGAGGCCAUUUAGCCAAAAUCUACGCCAUGCACUGGGCCACUGAUUCCAGGUUACUAGUUAGUGCCUCACAAGAUGGCAAACUCAUCAUCUGGGACAGCUACACCACAAACAAGAUGCAUGCCAUUCCUUUACGGUCAUCAUGGGUGAUGACUUGUGCUUACGCUCCCUCCGGGAACUAUGUAGCAUGUGGAGGCCUGGACAACAUCUGCUCCAUCUACAGCCUUAAAACUCGCGAGGGCAACGUCAGAGUCACCAGAGAACUACCUGGACACACAGGCUAUUUGUCCUGUUGUCGCUUUUUGGAUGAUAGCCAGAUAGUUACCAGCUCCGGCGACACCACAUGUGCGCUUUGGGACAUUGAGACCGGUCAGCAGACAACCACGUUUACAGGGCACAGCGGAGAUGUGAUGAGCCUGUCCCUCAGCCCAGACUCUAGGACCUUCGUGUCAGGUGCCUGUGACGCGUCCUCCAAACUGUGGGACAUAAGAGACGGAAUGUGCAGACAGUCUUUUACUGGACAUGUGUCGGAUAUCAAUGCUGUCUGUUUCUUCCCGAACGGUAACGCAUUCGCCACUGGCUCCGAUGAUGCCACAUGUAGGCUGUUUGACCUUCGUGCGGACCAGGAACUGAUGAUGUACUCUCACGACAACAUCAUUUGUGGCAUCACCUCUGUUGCCUUCUCCAAGAGUGGCCGGCUUCUGCUAGCGGGCUACGAUGACUUCAACUGCAAUGUGUGGGACACAUUAAAGGGGGAACGUGCAGGUGUUCUAGCUGGGCACGACAACAGGGUCAGCUGUUUGGGCGUGACCACUGAUGGCAUGGCUGUGGCCACUGGUUCUUGGGACAGCUUCCUCAGGAUAUGGAACUGAUCUCACUGGGUGGGACUCUACAGAACCACUCUUUCCAAUCACAGUCACUGUAGUGCACCUCUGCCACGCAGGACCGUCCCCUUUCCUUCUCCCUCCUACAAAUGGCCUGGUUUUCUUCAGCUUCUCUUUCUUAGACCACACUAUCCUUCCAUCCUGCAGUCAGUCAAAGAGACAAGGACCAGCAUAGAAGACCCUCCACUGGUUCUCUCUCUGUCUCUAGGGCUCAUGUCAGACUUGAGGUGGAGGACAGACUGUAUUCUGUAUAUAUCAGUCAUUCUUCGUGCUUGUAUGUAUAACAUAUGCACUUCUGACAGUGUUUGGAUGUUCUGAUGUGUGGGUACUUGUGGUGGGUGUCUUACUGUCCCCGUUUUCUUUUCCUGCUUAAAGAUUCUUACAUUUUUGCCCCAAUCGUAUGUGCCACGUGCAGAGGCUAAUGUCCCGAACGGAAGGACGAGCUGCGAGGGAAGGGAUGAGGCUGACACAAGGUUGUAGGCUAUUGCGUUAGUCUUGUUGCUUAUGUGUUUGACCUCCGCUAAAGGGAUGUUUCACCCUGAAAUGAAAAUUGUUUAUAUUGUGUUGUUUUAAAUCCAUUUGAUUUGACAAGCAACACACUGGAAAGAUCAGACCAAGCCUGCCUUACAUUCUUUUGUGUUCCACUUAAAAAGGCAUGUUUCAGUUUUGGUGAACUAUAGCAUUUAACUUGGCCAAAUGUGUCUCUUGGUCUGUUCCAUCAUAAAUGGUUCAGUCUCAGGUUGCUAGCGUGUUGUUGUGAGAAUCACUGAUAUAACGAAGCUCAUAUUUGCUGUCCUUUAAACCUGACAAGUGUUUGGCCUGUUUUAGUAUAACUGAUUGUAUUACUGACUGCUGACUGCUAACUCCAACCCAUGUCUUGUGAUCGUUCCAUAUUGUCACUAGGGCUCAAAAGAUGCUUUCCAUGAGCCAACUAGACGCAUGUAUUACAGAAUGAUGGUUAAGCUUGGGUUGAACGGUUUGUUUUCGCAAACAAUAGGCCACCGCUUCUGCCGAAUCUGACUUUCAGCCUUCCCACACACUAUUAACACCUGCCCAUUUGAGAUGAGAAUCUAGGACUGAAUGCUUUUGCACCAGAAGAUAGUCACGUAACACUGAACACACUGAUGUUUCUGCACACGUUUGAAUCUGAAUUUAAUGAUGUAGUGCUUCGGUUGUAUGACAAGCUGAAAACCCUAAGACACAAGCUACACUGUGCGUAUAUUUCACAAAUGUGAGUGGUGAAUGUGUCUUUUCCCUAUGUCAGAAAAAAAGAUUCAGAAAGUAAGCCUUAAUGUCAUAAAUCACUUGAUCAUCAUCAUUCAUUUUGUGCCAAUCGAUACAAAUGAACUCGAUCAGUCUGAAGGUUUUUGUAUGCGUUUUAAAAAUUGUAUCUCUUCUACUUCUCUUUUAAUUCUAGUUGUUGGACUACACACAGGAUUUGGGGCAUUUUAGCCAUUUCUGAGGUAUUAACAAUGCUUGCAGGUUUUAUUAUCCGUUUAUGAUACUAGAAUGCAUUGAGUGUUAUGAAUGAAUUGAUGUUGCUUCAUGCCUUCGUCUCAUGACUUUGCUGUUCAACAGAUAAACUUUUGUUAAGCAUUUGAAUAUUUAAUUAAUCAUGCGGUUAGUUGUGCUAUGAAAGGACAUCCAAACAAAUAAAGGAAACUAAGUGAUGUUCCUCAGGUGUUUACAACAUUUAAACGCUUAAGUUAAGGUACAUGAAGUUGAAUUAAUGUGAAGGUAAAAUGAGUCAGUAUAACAAACAUACCGUAGAUUCAAGAGGGAUUGUGGUUCUGGAAUGACAAGUAUUUAACAAAGUUAGAUUUGAUGAAAUGUUCUGGGUUCAAUUGUGAUUCUUUCAAUGAUACAGACUUAACACUGAGACCAUUUCUAUUACAGCGGUGCCGUGUUAACUUGUAAGAAAUUAAAAUUUUAAUUGUAGUCCAUUUACAGUACAUCUUCCUUGCAUUUACUGUAUGUUCAUCAGAAACAUUUGCAUCAGGAUUUGUGAAGGUGCAAACCUUGCAGUCCAUACAAUCAGAAUAACAAGGGGCAUCAUUUUCUAGGUUCCCAUUAUUAAUCAUGUCGGUCAUGUUGUGACUUCUCUUUAUUGUGAUAUGUUUGUUACUAUAGUAGCUAGAGUGUUUUUGUGGUAAUCAAUAAAAUGCCACAAAACUGUCA